CUGGACGCCGGUCCGUCCGUACUGCUGCUCUGUUGGCAGUCGGCCGUGCCGGAGAAAGCAAAGCGCUGGAUUCAAGUGUUUAAAACGGUCCUCUGCGGCUGUGAGACACUCAGCUCCUGCAGACUGCAGGGAUGGGCCGUGGUGUGUAUGGCUGACAGAAAGGGACGUGGACCGAUCACCUGACAAAGAUGCUGGCUCGCAACCGCUUCCUCCUCCUGGUGGUGGUGGGUGGGGCUGUGCUGGCCAUCAUCAGUCUGAGCCUCCAGUUUUUGAAUCUGAUGCCCACUACUCCCAUAGUGGAGGAGCGACCCUUCCAGGCUGCAGAUGGAGGUGCUGGGGUGGCUCUGGGGAAGAGCAGAAAGAGAGUGUUCCCUGUGCCUCACACCCAGGAGCCCAACCCCAUAUCUGAAGCUUACGGCUACUGCAACAUUCCCAACCACACCGAACAGGCCUGGGAGGGUCACAGCCCUGCUGACUACAAGCUGCUGUCCGUCCAGGUGAUGAUUCGCCAUGGCGACCGCUACCCGCUCUACUCCAUCCCCAAGACCAAACGGCCCGCCAUCGACUGCACCUUGUCCGUCAACAGAAACCCUUCCCACCCCCUGCUGAACUCUUUCAUCGGUCACAUGGGCCUCGGAGGACGUGGCCACUGGGAGACACCACUGAGCUCUGUUCCCCGUCUGCCCAACCACAGUGCCUGUGAGAUGGGAGAACUCACGCAGACAGGUGUGGUUCAGCACCUGCGCAACGGGCAACUCCUCCAUCAAACAUACAAGCGCCACAAUCUCAUUCCGUCCGACUGGUCACCCCGCCAAGUGUGGGUUGAGACCACAGGUAAGAGCCGCACUCUGCAGAGCGGACUGGCCUUCCUCUACGGUUUGCUCCCGGACUUUGAUUGGACCAAACUGACCGUGCGUCACCAGUGGAGCACGCUGUUCUGUGGCUCUGCAUGCGACUGCCCUGCCAGGAACAGAUACCUGGAGGAAGAGCAGAGAAGGCAGUAUCGGCUCAGAGUGAGUGAUACCGAACUUGAGAGGACUUAUGCCGAUAUGGCACGGACUUUGGGGCUGCCCACCCGCCAGCUCCGAGCAGCAAACCCUAUAGACUCCCUGCUGUGCCACCUGUGCCACGGCAUUUCUUUCCCAUGCACUACCGUGGGAGAUAGUGGCACCAAGGGAUGUCUGACAAUGGCACAGUUUGCUGUGAUUCGUCGACAGCAGCUCGAUGAUGAGGUGGAGCGGAGAAGAGUGGGGCUGUACCGUAAAUACGCUGUCCUGGCCAUGCACCCUUACCUCAACCGAACUGCCACCAAGAUGGAGAGGGUUGCCAAGGACAAUGAGGCUGGCCGACAGCCUCGUGCAGGGGGCGAGGAGGUUUUCACCCUCUCUUCAGCCCACGAUGUUACCAUGGCCCCAUUGCUGAGCGCCCUGGGACUAGAGGAGGCCCGCUUUCCACGUUUCGCAGCAAGAGUUGUCUUUGAACUGUGGAAGAGUCCCCCAGCGACGCAAGGACAGCCAAAGAAGAAAGCUGGCAAAGGUGUAAAAGCGAAAGACGGGGAACUGUUUAUCAGGGUGCUGUACAACGGCAACGAUGUGACAUUUCACACCACCUUCUGUCGCUCCCACAACCUCAGCGCCAGUCAGCCCCUCUGCCCUCUCAAGAACUUCCUGUCUUUUGUCAGGAGGGACAUGUUCAGUGUUGUCAAUGCCACUUCUUACCAGGAGGCCUGCUACAGGCGCCCUGGUUGACAGAUGGACAGAUGGAGAGGAGGGUGAAUGAGUGCAAAGUUGGCAGAUGGUUGUACUUUUCCUGUUUUUUUUCUUCUUCUUCUUCUUCGUUUGUUUUUGUUUGUUUUUAGUUAUUUUCCUUUUUUGAAGACUGCGCACAUUUAUGCUGCUCAUAAUAUCUUAGUUCCACAUAUUUUUAAAAAAUAGCCCUUGACUUUCCUGAGCACACAGUGCUGAGAAUUCUGUUUUUGAAUACUGUCUGUUUUCUCCAGCAUAUCUGUAAAAGAUGAGUAAUUCAAGAGAAGUUGUCUGGCACUUGGCCACUUUAUUCCUACAUUCCAAAAUACCAUGGACUUGUGACAUUCCAGUAUUCCCAAAUGCUUGCAAGAAAAGGGAAUAUUGAAGCUGUAUGAAUCCUUCCUGUAAAAUAUGUUGUGUAUAAUAAAUCUUUUCAAUGAAAAAUACACUUUGGGAUAGUUCGGCCCACAUUACUCAGUACUGAUGAGUACAGAUAACAUUUUGGGGUGUUUUAAUGUUUAUUCAUUGCAGUAGUCUACCUGUUUAAUGAUGGGGUUCUAUUCUUCUUUGACACUACUACUUUGUUUUUUAGUAAAAUAGUAAAUUUGACAGCGGUACUUUGAAAGUUUUUUUUUUCUUCUUACAUUAAUUUACAAGUACAGAACAUCUGUUUAUAUUAAUUGGUGAUAUAAAUGACAUUCCACUUAUUGUUUUUUGUAGGAAACUGAAUUUAAUAAACGGUUCAUUAUGCA